AAUAUCAACCACUUCACAGUUUCAUCAACGAAGCUCUCUCUCUAGUGUAAGCAUAUUUCUCUCAUCACAACCUUCUUCGUUACCUGCGGCGGCGCCGGAAAAUGGAUUGCUGUUGCUCGCCGAUACACGUUUCUCCUAUCGCCAACCGUACGCAGGGUUUUAGAUCAGCUCUUCCGAGCGAUUCGUGCAAAAUCCCUCCGCUUCCUAAACCGUUUCUUCAAAUCGAUCACAGACUGCUCCAUAGGCGGAAUUCGGCUCGUUUGACUGCGGCUACUGUUCGGAGAGGGAUUGUGUUGGCGGAAGCUAAAAAUCAGGGUUGGGAUUUGGGGAGAUUCGUGAAAACAUUUUACUUCUUCAAUUCCCCUCCGUCCCCAGCUAAGUUCAUUCAGUCUUUGAUCGAGAGGAUUUCCAGUCCAUCGCCUUCUGAGGAAAAUAAGACAAUGAAGACCUCUGGGGUGGUCCUCGUGGUUGGUGCUACUGGUGGUGUCGGUAAAAGAGUGGUUGAUAUCUUGAAAAAGAAAGGAAUCCCCGUUCGAGCUUUGGUCAGGAAUGAAGAGAAGGCAAGGAGAUUGUUAGGCCCUGAUGUGGACCUGAUUGUUGGGGACAUCACUAAGGAGAACACUUUGAACCCUGAGUACUUUAAGGGGGUCAGUAAAGUCAUCAAUGCUGCGUCUGUAAUUGUCGGUCCGAAGGAGGGUGAUACUCCUGACAGGGCCAAGUACAGUCAAGGAAUUAAGUUCUUCGAGCCAGAGAUUAAAGGUGAUUCACCGGAAAUGGUGGAGUAUCUUGGGAUGCAGAAUUUGAUUAACGCAGUAAAGGGUACAGUCGCGCUCCGUGGUGGAAAACUACUGUUUGGAUGCGAAGGUAGUGAGUUCAAAGAUCUCCCUUGGGGCUCUUUAGACGAUGUAGUUAUGGGAGGAGUAAGCCAGAGUACUUUUCAAAUUGACACUACCGGUGGGGAAGAUGGCGGGGCAACUGGGGUUUUUAAAGGCAGGUGUUGUAUCUACUGCCAACAAUGGUGGCUUCACCAGUGUGAGAACAAAGGUAAAUCUAAUUUUCCAAUACCUGAGGAUCUAUCUGCAUAUGACGGUUUUGAAUUGCGCCUCAAGGGUGAUGGUCGUCGAUACAAGCUCAUUGUUCGUACUAGCAGUGACUGGGACACCAUUGGUUAUACUACUGGCUUUGACACAGUAGAAGGUCAAUGGCAAUCUAUACGCCUUCCAUUUUCUUCUUUGAAGCCUAUCUUUCGAGCUCGGACUGUACCAGAUGCACCUCCAUUUGAUCCGAGCAAUAUUAUCUCACUUCAGGCAUGCUUUCUUCGCGAAGCACUACUUCUCAUGUUCAGCAAGUUUGAGUAUGAUGGAAAACUGAAUCCAACUUUCAAGGAGGGUGCAUUUCAGCUUCCAGUAUCAACCGUAAAAGCAUUCAUCAAAGAGCCUGUUACUCCCAGGUUUGUUCACAUCGGCUCUGCUGGAGUUACUAGACCUGAGAGGCCUGGUCUUGAUCUCAGUAAACAACCUCCUGCUGUUCGCUUGAACAAGGAAUUGGGUUUUAUCCUCACCUUCAAGUUGAAGGGGGAAGAUGUUAUACGUGAGAGUGGCGUGCCAUACGCAAUCGUAAGACCCUGUGCUUUAACUGAGGAGCCGGCUGGAGCAGAUCUAAUUUUUGAGCAGGGGGACAACAUAACAGGGAAAGUGUCAAGAGAAGAGGUAGCUCGGAUAUGCAUUGCUGCUUUGGACAGCCCAUAUGCUUGCGACAAAACAUUUGAGGUGAAAAGUGUGAUCCCAUUUAGCGAGCCGUUUACAGUGGACCCGGAAAACCCACCGCCGGAGAACGAUUACGACGUGUAUUUCAAAAGCUUGAAGGACGGCGUCACCGGGAAAGAAUUGUUAGACCGAAGUCCAGUCCCCGUGUAAUCGAUCGGUAGCAAUGCGACUCAACGCCGUCGAUAAGUAUUAGUCCCGACAACAUUGUAGCCGCCUCCCGUGUAGAUAUUGACUCUCUCAAUCCAACGUCGUCAGCAAGUGCUUGUUCCUGUCUGUGAGCACGCUAGCCGAGUUGUGUUUUUGGGGAAUGUAUAUUUUACCAGUCUUUUUGGAAUCUCUUCUCCUCCUACAUCUGUCAUUCCUACAGGCAGAUUCAGAUCUGUGAGGUACGGGGAAACCAUGGCGUAGGCUUACUGUCUGUCUGCCGACUGCUACGUCACCCCUAUAGUUAGUUACUGCUACGACUCAGAACGUCAGUUGUGAACGUUAUUUGAUUGGACGGGGGCUAUAACAUUUGUCAGCUCUCUGUGGAGGUGGUGGAACCGUGCACGUGACGAGCACGUGAGUGGUUUUGUUAAUUCUUUCAUUCUGGACCAUCACGUGAUGGCCAACAUGGCGUGAUGAUAUCGGAACCACGUGGUGGGUGAUGUGGAGGAAAGAUAUAUAUAUAUAUAUAUAUAUAUAUAUAUUUUAAUACAUGUAUAUAUAUUGGGUGGGAUUCGAGGUAGAUGCCACUUCUUUUCGCCGGUGUACGGUAUUGGCCUUUGUCCAACGCAGAGAUGGUGAAAAACUGAAACAAUGUGACUCUCAUUUACAUAUGCACCCAUAUAUAGAUAUUCACCAUCUGGUAAAUAUUCCCCAUUGACCAAUUAAGGAGAAGCGUGAACACUAGAUCCUAGGAAAGCAAAGAGAUAAGCCACUUGCUCGUAUGGAUCACGAUACCUUUGUUAUUCG